AUGGAAGCUGAUUCGGUGCAUGCUACUAUUGAAAGAAAAAUAAAAAACAAAUGUAUUUAUUUACCAAGUGAUUACACUCGAUUAACUUCUGAAGCAAGGCGUAAUCCCGAACCAUAUGAGAUCAAAAGUCUAGACUUUACUUUCUGUAAAAAUUAUGGAGUCGAUAUGGUAUACUCUUCCAUCAGACCAGGAAAAUCUACAGGUGAUCCUAUGGUAACAGAUAUAACUGUCAUAAAAUACUCACCUGAUGGCAUUAUAACGGUAAAAACAGACUUUGAUGGAAAAUUUCAAGAUCUUCCUAAAAAACGAGGCAAACGGGCAGCUGUUAAACCCUUAGAAAAUUUUACCCAGUUGCAUAAACAGAGAAUUCCAAUUAAAAAACAUAAAUGGUUACACUUGCAGCAAUUAAAAGAAGUGAUCCCGAAAGACUGUCAUAAUUUUUAUGACAAUUUGCCUUAUGAAUAG